AUGGAAACUGUAGGAAUGAAUAGUGUAUCCUUGAAACGUCCUCGCUCUGAGGAUGGUGUGGCUAAGGCAGAUGAAGUUAAAAGACAGAAGAUCUCAGAGAAAUCUAAGACAGAGAAUGACUCUGGGCAGAGUGAUGAGACUGUAACAGGGCAACCUGACAAAUCUCUGCCUGAGGACAUGAAAGACGAAGUAAUCGCCAAUGAGGAAAGUGAGGAGCAGGAAGAUGAGGAACUAGAGAACAGCGAUGAAGAUGGAGAUCCAGAGAGCUUUGCAGACAUGAUGAAGCAUGGGCUGACAGAAAGUGAUGUUGGCAUAACUAAAUUUGUUAGCUCUCAUAAGGGAUUUUCUGGAAUCUUAAAAGAGAGAUACUCUGACUUUGUUGUCCAUGAAAUAGGCAAAGAUGGACGUGUGAGCCAUUUAGAUGACUUUUCUGUUCCAGUGGAUGAUGAGGAUCCGUCAGAAGAAACAUUUACAGUUUUGUCAGAUGAAGACAAGCAGCGUUUAGAGGAGCUUCAGCUUCUUAAGAAUAAGGAAACUAGUGUUGCCAUAGAGGUAAUUGAAGACACCAAAGAAAAGAGAACAGUUAUCCAUCAGGCUGUGAAGUCCUUGUUUCCUGGGCUGGAGACUAAAACAGAAGAUCGAGAUGGGAAAAAAUACAUUAUUGCUUAUCAUGCUGCUGGGAAAAAAGCGCUGGCAAGUGAGUUUCAGUAUCACAGCAGCUGGGUAAAGUAAAUGUUAGAAUUAUCAAAAAA